AUGGGCUUCAUGCACAAGCAUGGGGGCCAUCUGAGCACGAUUAUCGGAGAAGAGCACCAUAUCGUCUCCUUCGACACUCGGGGCUUGAACUCGUCAUGGCCCCAAGUCAAGUGCUUUCGAAGGGAAAAGGACCAAAAGAAGAAUCUCGGCUUGUGGUACAAGUACAUCAAGAGAAAAGAAGACGUCCAUGUUAUCUGCGAAAAGGCUCGGAAAUUUGUCAAGGCCUGUGAAGUCAACAUGGGCCAGCACGGCAAAUACAUCAACUCGCCACAAAUUGCAGCUGACAUGGAAGCCAUCCGCAAAGGCCUGGGCCAAGAUACGCUGAACUUUUGGGGGCUUAGCUACGGGGGUGUCCUUGGCUAUACAUAUUCCGUCUUGUUUCCUGAUAGAGUUGGACGUGUGAUCCUCGAUGGCUCUCUCAGCCCCAACACGUGGUUCGGCCGUCGCGACUUCAAUGAGCUUGAUCCCAAAGUUCGCGACUACUUUGCGUCGUUCAUCAAGAGUUGCCACUCAAACCGAGCGACAUGCCCGUUCGAGCCGGUUCCCGAUGAUCAUAACGCUCUUCAAACCGAGGCGCGUUCGCUUAUUGGGAAAAUUGAAACUCUCAAGACUCCAAUCGAGGUGCGGCUCAAUAGCACCCACCAUGGUCUUAUUGGAAGACUGGAUCUUUGGACAAAAGGUAUAAUACCCGUAUUGGGAAGUCCACUCAAGUGGCCCGAUUUUGCCAACCGGCUUGCAAGCCUCAUGCGUGGAGAUGCCGAGGAAGCAUUUUUGGCAUAUGGGACUUGCCACGAGCCGCCCUCUGAUGACCUUGAAGUGAAUGAUUAUUUCGACCUUCUUUCCCUGAAUGAUUUCACAAGUGGAUACAAUGAUAGAGAGGAGUUGACUGACGAUGAGAAACUGAGACCUCUCAAAAUUACCUUGGAUUAUUUCCCAGAGUACCUCCUCGAAUUCGAGCGCAUGUCGCAGGUGACGCUACGGCGCAAUCCUUUGACCAACGCCGUGUUCAUGGAGGAUCGACUUAAAGAAGCACCCGGCAACCCUAUCAUGUUUAUUUCGGCCGGUGAGCCCUACGUUGGGGUCCAUAGUCUUACAACAGCCCUUUCCAGCCUUGACAACCACGAGUGGCUCGUCAUCGUGGACCAUCGGGGUCACACCAGCAUAAGCAUGCCAUCGAAGUGCGCGGCACUGGCAAUCCGUGAAUUUCUAGACGGCCGCCCCCCAACAAGCCAGAUUGAUCCCGACUGGGGAACCCACGUUUGCCACGUAGACGGUCCAGAGUUCACACAUCCUGAUGAGUUGGAGGCAAAUGCUCGGGAGAUUGUUGGGGACAAUGAGGAGGAUAUCCGUCUUUACCUUGCGCAGGUGGCGCUUGCUCGAGACACGAAUUGGAGAAUGGUUUGA